AUGACCACUGAUACAGAAUUUUGGGGUUCUAUGGAUGACAUUGCCAGCAGUAACAAAGACAGAUGUCAGCUCUUCAAACCCAGUCUGAUCUCUUGGUUGGAAAAAGCAGAAUUGAGGACUGCACAGAGAGUUCUUCAUGGUGACUUUUUAACUUCAGAAUGGAAAGGGCAACUUAAAGCUAAAGAGUUGGCACCUCAGCAGGAUUUUUUGUGGGGACCAGCCUCCAGUGGGAUACUAGUGGCAGGAAGCCACAAUGGAGGUGAGCUCAGCAACUCUAAGCAAUGUAGAGACAUCUUCAGUGAACACUCAUGCCUUGAAACACAAACAAGAACUCAAAAUAAUGAAAAUACAUCUGAAUGUAAUAAGUAUGGAUUAGACUUAAUUACUCUGCAUAAGAAAACCUCUACUGGAGAGAAACUUUCUGUGUUGAAUCAAAGUGAAAAAGCCUUCAGCCUUACCCCAAAUGUCUUCACACAAGACAAAUCUUUUGCAUGCAGUGACUAUGGGAAAUCCUUUAUUAAUCAGUCAUACCUUCAGGCAAAGAAGGGAACUAACAAUGGAGAAAAAUUUCAUGAAUGGAAGGAAUGUGGAAUUUACUCCACAAACUUUGCUGUGCAUAUGCAAAAUCACAAUUCAGAAAAACCUUACAAAUGUAUGGAAUGUGGAAAAGGCUUUAGAUAUUUUGCAUAUCUUAGUAUUCACCUGGGAGCUCACACUGGAGACAACUCCUACGAAUGUGAGGAAUGUGGGAAAGCCUUCACUAAGACUUGUCAACUUACUCAGCAUAGAAAAUCUCACACUGGAGAGAAGCCUUAUAAAUGUGAGGAAUGUGGGAAAGCUUUCACUGUUUCCUCAUGCUUAAGUCAACAUAUGAUAAUUCACAUGUGGGAGAAUCCAUAUGAAUGUAAGGAGUGUGGGACAGUUUUCACUAAGUCUUCUCAACUUUCAGAACAUAUAAAAACUCAUAUUGCAGAGAAUCCCUUUGAAUGUAAAGUGUGUGGGAAAUCCUUUAGAAAUUUCUCAUGCCUUAAUGAUCACUAUCGAAUUCACACUGGAAUAAAACCCUGUAAGUGUAAGGACUGUGGGAAAGCUUUCACUCAGAACUCAGACCUUACUAAACAUGUACUAACUCACAAUGGAGAGAAGCCUUAUGAAUGUAAGGAAUGUGGGAAAGCCUUUGCUAUAUCCUCUCGCCUUAGUGAACAUAUAAGAACUCAUACUGGAGAGAAGCUUUUUGAAUGUGUCAAAUGUGGGAAAGCAUUUGCAGUUUCCUCGAAUCUUAGUGGACAUUUGAGAAUUCACACUGGAGAGAACCCCUUUGAGUGCCUAGAAAGUGGGAAAGCAUUUACACAUUCCUCCAGUCUUAAUAAUCACAUGCAGACUCACAGGGCUAAAAAGCCACACACAUGUAUGGAAUGUGGCAAAGCCUUCAAGUUUCCCACAUGUGUUAACCUUAUGCGAAUCCACACUGGAGAAAAACCCUAUGAAUGCAAGCAAUGUGGGAAAUCCUUCAGUUAUUCCAAUUCAUUUCAAUUGCAUGAAAGGACUCACACUGGGGAGAAACCUUAGGAAUGUAAGGAGUGUGGGAAAGCCUUCAGUUCUUCAAGUUCCUUUCGAAAUCAUGAAAGAAGGCAUGUAGAUGAGAAACUAUCAGUGUAAAGAGUGUGGGAAAGGACAGUGGCAGUCACCGGGCAGCCGAGUCUGGGUGCAGCGACCGGAGCGCGGCGCAGGGAGCACGAGCGGCGCAGGCGGUGUCGGUGGCGGUGCCCGGUGCCCGCGUUUCGGAAGCUUGGCACAGCACAGUAGCCUUCGGCGGUGGCACU